CUCUCUCUCUAACCCCUUUGCUUUAUGCCCUGAAAAAUGGCGAAGGCAGUGAGCAUGAAAUUCGUGGUGAAAUUGUUGCUAAGCAUAGCAAUCAGCAUAUUCAUGGCGAUGCUGAAGGAAUUGAAGUUCAAAAUCCAUGAAACAUUUCCUAACAUUUCCCUCUUAAACCUGUAUCCAGACCAAUCCGAUUUCUCUCUGUAUUCAAACGAAAUUGAAUAUUUAGAUUCCGGUUCCGACUCCGACUCCGGCGCCAGUUACCUUCUCAUAAUGGAAGGAUCCUCCACUUCAUUGAUCCGUGUUCCGGUCAAGACCGUAGUAGCGUCAAUCAAGAGCAUAGUAUCGGUAAUUGAGUACCGAUAUUUCCUCCUAAAAAACGAGAUUGAAGAAGAUAACAGUGGAUCCUGCAUUGUUUGCUGUGAUCUCAUCGAGAAGAAUGAUCAGAUCAGAGAUAUGCCUAACUGUUGUCACGCGUUUCAUCUAGAUUGUAUGGACAGAUGGUUAGAUGAAGGUCAGAUCACUUGUCCUCUCUGUAGAUCGUCUAUGCUUCCGUCAAAUACUUCUCCUUCAUGGAAGGUUAUUGGUUACUGAAACUCAAAUUGAAUAGGUUUCUAAUGCUAUCUUUGAAAAGGGUGACCUAAUUUCUUAAUAUUGUUGUUUGAUUUGAUCAUCAUAUCGUGGAUGGCACUAUUUUUUUUUGUUGGCUUGUGUAUAAUGCAAAUGCAUGUGCUGCUAAUCAA